GGGCGCGGGGAGCCGGCGGCGCGCGUGCGCAGUGGGAGGCGGCGGGGCAGAGCAGCGCAGCAGCGGGAUGGAGCAGCAGCAGCAGCGUCGGCGGCGGGAUGGUGGCGGCGGGACGGAGGAGCAGCAGCAGCGGCGGCGGUGGGACGGCUGCUCCUUCACGGAGGCGCAGGACUGGACCACUCGCCACCUGGCGCUGACGCUCCACGUGGAUUUCCCGGCCCGCCGUUUGCGGGCCCGCGUCGCGCUGACGGUCGAGGCGCUGCGGGACGGGCUGUCCUCCCUAACCUUGGAUACGAGAGACCUUAAAAUAACCAAGGCUACUAGCAAUGGACUUGAAGCAAAAUUUUCACUUGGAGACAAGCACAGCUUUAAAGGAACGCCCUUGACAAUUUCCCUUCCAUUUGAAUUGCUACGAGGCCAGCAGGCGGUUGUGGAGGUUUCAUAUGAGACCUCACCGGAAGCUUCCGCUCUGCAGUGGCUCACUGCCGAGCAAACUGCUGGGAAGAAGCACCCGUACCUGUUCAGCCAAUGUCAGGCAAUACAUUGCAGAAGUAUGGUGCCUUGCCAGGACACACCAUCUGUGAAAAGUACUUACUCUGCACGGGUAUCUGUUCCAAAAGAGUUGGUUGCUCUUAUGAGUGCUAACAGAGAUGGAGAAUUGCCUGAUAACCUUGAUGAGAGCAGGAAGAUUUAUUGUUUUCGGCAAACAGUUCCAAUACCAAGCUACUUAAUUGCCCUGGUGGUUGGAUGUUUGGAAAGCAGAGUGAUUGGUCCAAGGUCUCGUGUUUGGUCAGAGAAAGAGAUGGUGGAUGCUGCUGCAUAUGAAUUUGAAGAGACUGAAACCAUGUUGAAAACAGCUGAAAAUCUUGUAGGCGCAUAUGUGUGGGGACAGUAUGAUCUGCUCGUCCUUCCUCCAUCGUUUCCAUACGGUGGGAUGGAGAACCCAUGCCUCACCUUUGUAACACCAACUUUGCUGGCUGGUGAUAGAAGUCUUUCUAAUGUAAUUGCACAUGAAAUCUCUCACAGUUGGACAGGAAAUCUGGUCACUAACAAAACCUGGGAGCAUUUCUGGUUAAAUGAAGGCCAUACAGUGUACCUGGAACGCAUGAUAGCUCAUUGCAUGUGUGAUGAGAAAUUGAGGCAAUUCGUAGCCAUUGGAGGCUGGAAGGAUCUAUUGGAAGCAAUCAAGACUUUUGGUCCUACUAAUCCUUUGACCAGUCUAGUUCCUGACCUUCGUGACACUGACCCUGAUGAUGCAUUUUCAUCGGUUCCUUAUGAAAAGGGAUUUGCUUUGCUUUAUCAUUUGGAGGAGCUGCUUGGCGGGCCAGAAAUCUUCAUGGGGUUCCUCAAGUUCUAUAUUCAGACUUUCGCCUACAGCGCCUUAACAACAGAAGAGUGGAAGAAAUGCCUGUAUUCAUAUUUUUCUGAUAAGACUGAAGUUUUGAAUCAAGUUGACUGGAAUGCUUGGUUCCAUUCUCCUGGGAUACCACCAUUCACACCACAUUACGACACUGCUUUGGCUGAUGCUUGUGUAUGUCUUUGUAAACGGUGGACCGCAGCAUCUGAUUCUGAGCUGAGCUGUUUUAGUGAAGUGGAUCUGAAGCAGAUGUCAUCACAGCAAAAAAUUGAGUUUCUUUCUCUUUUGCUGUUGGAGCCUCCACUGCGACUCAACAGCGUGAAGAGAAUGCAAGAAGUUUACAAAUUUAAUGACAUCAGAAAUGCAGAGAUAAAAUUCAGAUGGCUGCGAUUAUGCCUCCGGAGUCAGUGGGAGAAAGCCAUUCCUCUUGCUUUGGAAAUGGUUACUGUGCAAGGCAGAAUGAAGUUCACUCGUCCUCUUUACAGGGAUUUGUACAACUUUGAAAAGGCUCGUCAGCAAGCAAUUGAUACCUUUAUGAAAAACAAACCCAGCAUGCAUCCGAUCACAGCUGCUCUCGUGGCCAAGGACCUCCACCUUGCCUGAUAAUUGACCUUCACUGCAUUUGUAACUCUUCGGAUUAAAAUGCAAAAUGAGGCAUCUCGAUUAUAUUGAUACUAAUCCAAAAAUUACGAUCAAAUUACUUGUCCGUUCCAAUAAGUUUUCAACUGGUUUAAAGUGGAAUAGAACUCUUGAAUUGUACUGUUUUCUGGAAUAAAUAAGUUUGAAAUAAAAUUCUUUUAAUUGCU